AUGUCUUCAUUCAAGCGUGUUAAGGCGGCGAUGUGCAAGGGGUUGACCUAUCUGGAAGUGCCUGCGGAGAAGAGAGGCACUUUGAGUGUGUUGAAAAACCCGGAUUUACAGCCUAUUCGGGCGCCAAACCAGACCUGGGGGUUCUGGUCCAAUUUCGCAUACUGGGGUGUUAUCUCUUUCUCCGUUGGUACCUGGGUGAGUGCAUCUUCAGCGUCCCAGUAUGGUUUGAGUUACGCUGCGACCAUUGGUACUUUCAUUGUUGGUGAUGUGGUGACCAUCUUAUUCACUCUGGCCAACUCGUAUCCUGGUUGGGAUUGGAAAGUUGGUUACACUCUGGCUCAGAGAUUUACCUUUGGUAUCUACGGUUCGUGGAUCGGUAUUUUGAUCCGUGUGCUGAUGAGUAUCGUCAAUUAUGGUUCCAACGCAUGGUUGGGCGGAAGAUGUUUCAACAUGAUCAUCGACUCGUGGUCACAUCACUACUUAACUUUACCCAACACAUUGCCCGACAAUGUUUACAUGACCACUAAGGAGAUUAUUGGGUUCAUGCUGUUUAACGUGAUUGCUUGCUUCUUCUACUUGAUGAAACCAUAUCACUUGAACUACAUCUUGAUCUGGUCGUGUGUUGCUACCUGUUUCUCCAUGAUGGGCAUGGUCAUCUACCUUACCAGCAAGGCUCACGGCGUGGGUGAUUAUUUUGUGUCAUUAAAAUCCACCGCCACGGGUUCCGAUUAUGCUUGGGCAUGGGUUUAUUUGAUCUCGUAUUGGUUCGGUUCAGUGUCUCCAGGUUCUGUGAAUCAAAGUGAUUACUCGAGAUUUGGUUCUUCGCAAACUGCUAUUUGGUCGGGUACCAUCUUGGCUCUUUUGAUCCCAACCACCGUGGUGCCAGUUUUUGGUGUGAUUGGGGCUUCCACAUGUGAGAAGUUGUACGGUCAGGUUUUCUGGUCACCAAUGGACAUCUUUGAGUUUUGGUUGACUGACAACUAUUCCGCCGGUGCUAGAGCCGCUAGUUUCUUCUGUGGGCUCUCGUUCAUGAUGUCGCAAAUCUCCUACACUGCUUCUAACUGUGGAUUUGCCAGCGGUAUGGAUUUGUCUGGUCUAUUCCCCAAAUACAUCAAUAUCACCAGAGGUGCUAUCUUCACUGCUUGUGUCUCUGUCGCAGUCCAACCAUGGAACUUCUACAACAGAUCUAGCAACACUUUCUUGACUGUGAUGAGUUCUUUCGGUAUCGUCAUGACUCCAAUUAUCGCCGUUAUGAUUUGCGACAAUUUGGUCAUCAGAAGAAGAUCCUAUUCUGUUUCACAAGCCUUCGUGUUGAAGGGUGAAUACUAUUACUCCAAGGGCUUCAAUUGGAGAGCCUUGUUUGCUUGGAUUGCUGGUAUGACUCCCGGUUUACCAGGUAUCGCUUGGGAAGUUAACAAUAACUACUUCCACAACCAAGGCAUUAUCAACUUCUAUUAUGGUGAUUCGUUCUUUUCGUUCCUGAUUUCCUUUUUCCUCUACUGGAUCUUAUGUUGGCUCUUCCCAUACAAGAUUGAUAUCAAGAAGGAUGACAAGGACUAUUACGGAGCAUUCACUGAUGAAAUGGCAAGAAAGAAAGGUCUGGUACCUCACAGUGAGAUUUCGCCAGAAGAAAUUGCUAUUCAUGAAAUGACUAACAAGAUUCAUAUCAAUGAUAGCGAGGCUGAAGUGGCUACCUGUGUCGAGGUCAGCACUGACAAGUCCGAACUCAAGAACAGAAAAGAAGAACAAAGUUCGCAGGUUUCUUCUGAACUAGAAAAUACCAAGGAUUUAGCGACCAAUAAGAUUGAUAACGUCGAACUUUAG